UUGAAUCACUUCCAAUUCAACUUCCGAUUCAAAAUCCUUAGCUCAAUUUCUUCUCAAAAUCAGGUUGAUUCGUGGCUAUGCGUUCCAGAUAUCUCCACACCACCAUCGUACGACACCGGCGAUGCCCAGAAACGCCCCCUGCGAUGCCCAAAAUCAACAAAUUUACGGACUCAGACAUGGUGAAAUGCACGAUUGCUAUCAGAAACCAUCUGCGCAAUGGCCGAUGUGACGCCGCGUUGCGUUUAUUCAACUCCAUGCCUCGCAAAUCUGAGGUAAUCUACGGCACUAUGAUAUCUGGCUGCUUUUCCAGUGGCAAUGUUAAACUGGCCCAUCAGCUGUUCGAUGAAAUGCCUGUUAAGAAUUUGGUGGCUCAGAAUAUAAUGAUCAAGGGUUAUAUUAAGAACAACAAUCUCAGUGCUGCCCGAAAGCUUUUUGAUGAAAUGCCUAUCAAGGAUGUUUUCUCGUGGAAUACAAUGCUGUCUGGUUAUGUGAAAAAUGGGUCAAUGGAUGAGGCAAAAAGAGUUUUUGAUGGAAUGCCUGUCAAGGAUGUUGUGUCCUGGACUGUGAUGUUGUCUGGUUAUGUGAAAAAUGGGUCAAUGGAUGAGGCAAAAAGUUUUUUUGAUGGAAUGCCUGUCAAGGAUGUUGUGUCCUGGACUGUGAUGUUGUCUGGUUAUGUGAAAAAUGGGUCAAUGGAUGAGGCAAAAAGAGUUUUCGACCGAAUUCCGGUCAAGAAUGUUUUCACGUGGAACACGAUGAUGUCUGGGUAUGUACAAAAUGGGUUAAUGGAUGAGGCAAAAAGUUUUUUUGAUGGAAUGCCGGUCAAGGAUGCUGCCUCGUGGGAUACAAUUUUGUUUGGUUAUGUGAAAAAUGGGUCAAUGGACGAGGCGAAGAGAGUUUUUGAUCAAAUGCCGGUCAAAGAUGUUGUCUCGUGGAACACAAUAAUAUCUGGAUAUGUGCAGAAUGGGUUGAUGGAUGAAGCUAGGAGAGAUUUUGAUCGAAUGCCAGUUAAGGAUGUUUUUUCGUGGACCACAAUGAUGGCUGGUUAUGUGCAAAAUGGGUCAGUGGAUGAGGCAAAGAAAGUUUUUGAUCAAAUGCCAACCAAGAAUGUAGUCUCAUGGAACGCGAUGUUGUCUGGGUAUGUACAAAAUGGGUUAAUGGAUGAGGCAAAAAGUUUUUUUGAUGGAAUGCCUGUCAAGGAUGUUGCCUCGUGGAACACGAUGUUGGUUGGGUACUCGCAAAAUGGGUUAAUGGGCGAGGCUAUAAAAGUUUUUAAUCAAAUGCCACAUAGAAAUUGUAUCACGUGGACCUCUAUUAUAGCCGGGUAUAACAAAAAUGGAGAUUACGAAGAGGCGUUGCUUAUUUUUACUGAGGCGAUGAAUGAUCGGGAAAUGUUAAAUGCAAACACAUUUGCUAGUGUUGUAAGUGCGUGUGCGGAUAUUGUUGCUUUCGAGCUUGGUAAGCAAAUUCACGGGCAUGUUGUUAAAGGAGGAUUCGCUGACUGCAAUGUUGAUAACGCUCUUGUUUCCAUGUAUUGCAAGUGUGGAAGCAUCAGUGAGGCAUAUGAAAUUUUCGAUAGAAUUGAAGAUAAGAAUGUGAUGUCAUGGAAUACACUCAUCGUUGGUUAUGCUAGACAUGGCUUAGGCCAAGAAGCUCUCCAACUUUUUGAGUCAAUGAAACUAUCGUGUAUAAAACAUAAUGACAUUACCAUGGUUGGCGUUUUAAUGGCUUGUAGUCAUUGUGGCUUCGUAGAAGAAGGAAAACAUUACUUCUAUUCCAUGACCGAAGAUCAAAACAUAGUGGCAGAUCUAAGGCACUAUUCCUGCUUGAUUGAUCUUCUUGGUCGAACUGGGCGCCUAGACGAAGCUUACGACCUAGUAAAAAGCAUGCCUUUUGAGCCACACGCGAAUAUAUGGAAAUCUCUCCUUGGUGCUUGCAAGAAUCAUGGAAAUAUAAAAUUGGGUGAAAAGGCUGCUGAGAUGCUGUUAUUAACUGAUCCAUGGGACUCUUCGGUUUAUGUUCUUCUUGCUAAUUUGUAUGUUGAUUCAGGUAGAUGGGAAGAUGCCGAGAAGAUUCGGUUAAAAAUGAAGGAUUCAGGUUUAAGAAAACCGAUUGGAUAUAGCUGGGUUGAAGUGUCAAACAAGACUCACAAAUUUUCUGUUGGAGACUUCACUCAUCCUGAGAGUGAAAGCAUAUGCUCUUUCUUGGAAGAGUUGUAUGUUAGGAUCAAAGAAAACGGAUAUGUUUCGUUGACAAAAUCAGUACUACAUAAUGUGGAAGAUGAAGAAAAGCAGCAUUCACUCAAAUAUCAUAGCGAAAGGUUAGCUGUUGCUUAUGGGAUUAUGAAGACACCAAGUGGAAGGCCUGUUUGUGUUUUUAAGAACUUGCGCGGCUGUGAGGACUGUCACAUUGUGAUGAAACUCAUAUCCAAGAUCACGGGCAGAUCGAUCAUCUUACGUGAUAGUAAUCGUUUUCAUCACAUUGAGGAUGGUGAAUGUAAUUGUGGAGACUAUUGGUGAAGUUCUCAUAUGCUUUGUUCUAAAUUGAUUCAGCAUCUACAUACCAAAAGUA